CUAUUUCUCUGAAUGCCCCCAAGCAAAACCCGGCAUUGGAACCCAACACAUUGUCAACCAAACUCAUGUUUCAUUAAAUUUGUUGUCUGUUCUAAAAUUAAUUAUUUUGUAUUUCUUUGACAAUUCUUGGACUUAUCAUCAUUCGAUUAACCAUGACCCACAAUUCACAAGUCUCCAAGUAUCAACCUAAGACGAGCAGGAUGAUGAUGGCGUAUAAAAAACUGGACUUUCCCGAGUUUGCGGAGCUUCGCAAAGCUGGAGAAUUCCGUCGCCCGGACGUCGUUCCGUUGCUGGCGAGCUCGGCUGACCUUGAGCGCGAGAUGGCCGCGUUUUGUCAAAAGAGAGCGGAUUCGAUUGCGGUGAAGAUAGAGAAAUACUUGAGAGAGUGUUUUCUCGACAGGAAAUUUAACACUCUUUCCGUCGAUGAGCUUUUUGUUGCUCUGAAAGAGACGAACGUUCACCCGGAGGCGAGAAAGAUUUUGUUGGACGAAAGUCUUCCCAAACGGCAUCCUCGGAUCAAGAUCGACGCCAAGGGUCGCUUAUCGUACAUUCCGCCAUACAAAAUUACUGCCCUCACCGACAUGGUGGCCAUGAUUAAAGAUAUGUCGAGCAGGUUGGAAGGUCUAUUCGAAGAUGACAUUCACGAUUCCACCAAGCUGAGCGAUUCAAUCAUUCGGGAAUUGCACGACUCUGACCAAGUCUUCGCCAUAAAUCGUUGGGACGGCAAGGUGACAUUUUUCCACUCGAACGCCCAUCCAUCCUCCACCACCAACGAUUUGCCCCCAUUCAACGUGGAAACGGAACUCGUCAACAUUUUCAAAUCCAUCGACGUCACCCGACUGGAUCCCGACAUUCAUAUUGAACGUUAUUUGGAACGUGUCGGACUGAAACCACUCAAAUCGGAGAGGAAACCGUUUCCCCAACCGAAGAAGAAGGUCGUGGUCAAGGUAGAAAUCAAGAAGAAGGCGAAGCCCCUCGUCCUACGACACAAUCAACACGUCGAGGCCGGCGUGAUGAAGCGUUUCGACGAAAAUGGUGUCCAAGACGAGGAGGAGGAAGGUGGCGACGACGAUGAUGUCGAAUAUUUGCCACCACCGGAAGUUAAGAAGACGAAGAAAUCCGUCUUGAACGAGGAAACACCACCAAAAAAACGUCGUCGUCCGGUAUCCGUUAAAGAGGAAAAGUUACCCAAAAAACGUCCGGGUCGUCCCGUUCAGGACGACGAUGAAUGUCUGCCACAGCCGGAAAUCAAGAAGAAGAAGACGCCCGUGAAGGACAAAACUCUGCCCAAAAAACUUCCGGAUCGUCCCGUUCAAGACGAAGAGCAAGAUCUGCCAGAGCCGGAAAUCAAGAAAAAGAAGAAAUCCGUGAAGGAGGAAGCUCCAGCCAAAAAACGUUCGGGUCGUCCCGUUCAAGACGAAGAGCAAGAUCUGCCAGAGCCGGAAAUCAAGAAGAAGAAGAAACCCGUGAAGGAGAAAACUUCGCCCAAAAAACUUCGGGGUCGCCCCGUCCAAGACGAAAAGGAAGAAGAUCUGCCACAACCGGAAGUUAAGACGAAGAAAUCUGUGAAGGAAAAAACACCACCCAAAAAACAGCGGGGUCGUCCCGCAUCCGUGAAGGAGGAGGCUCCGCCCAAAAAAAGUCGGGGUCGUCCCCCAUCCCGCAAGAAGUCGAGAGUAGACACUCCAGAAAAUGAUUAAAUUGAAUUGUUUUAUUUCUUAUGAGCAUCAUCGUUAUUAAAAAAAUAUGAAUAUAAAAUUUGCACUUAAAAAAUAAAUCUGGCAGAAAUAAUAAUGCACUUUAAUUUUGAAGGAUCAGAAAUUUAGUCAAAGCUAAUUAAUUGUUUGUUAUAAACUUGUUGUGCUAUCUAGUUUCAAAUAAAUUGAGCAAAUUGUAAAAAAAACA